UGCAGCAACGGUAACCGCGCAAGGAUGCCGUAUGCGCGCGCCCUACUCGCGGUCUGCGUCGUCGCAAUAAACGCAGUGUUCGCGGCGGACAAGCGUCAGCCGAUCAAGGAGGCCCUAUUACUGAACAGUGACCAGUUCGGCAACGCGACGUUUGAGGACUGCGUGUGGAGGCGGGAGCGGGAGCCCUGCCCCGACCCUGAUGUCAAGCUGCAUCUCUACACCGAGGCUGAGCCCUCCAAGAGAGUGGUCGACUUGUUCAGUGAGGAUUGGCUGCGGCAGAGCGGUUGGGAGCCGGCGCACGAAACUAUUCUCCUGAUCCAUGGAUAUGCGGGCGGCGACGACACACUGCCAAUCAGCGUGCUGCGGGACGCGUACCUCCGUCGCGGCGGCUACAACGUGUUGAUGCUGGACUGGGGCGCGCUGUGCCAGCCGCCGUGCUACGUGUCGGCCGUGCACAACCUGCGGCCGGCGGCGCGCUGCGCGGCCGAGGCGCUGGGCUCGCUGCGCCGCGCGGGCCUCCGCCCCGACCGCCUCACCUGCGUGGGCCACAGCCUCGGCGCGCACAUGUGCGGCAUCAUCGCUAACUAUCUCACCUUCCGGCUCAAUAGGAUCAUCGGUCUGGACCCGGCGCGGCCGCUGAUCCGCUCUGCGCCGGCGCUGCGCCUGGACCCGGGCGACGCGCGCGCCGUGCACGUGCUGCACACCAACGCGGGCCGCUACGGCGAGGCGGCGCGGCUCGGCCACGCCGACUUCUGCCUCAACGGCGGCCGCAGCCAGCCCUUCUGCGAGGACACACCCAACGAGGCGCUGUGCAGUCACAUCUGGUCCAUCUGCUACCAGGCGGAGAGUUUGUUUACACCGCGUGCGGCGGCGCCGUGCGGGCGGCGCUGCUCCGUGCGCGUCCCUCCGUCCAGGGCUUCGGCGCUGCCCGUGCUGCUGGGGCAGCCUGCGCCUAUGACCGCAUCCGGUGCAUACUGCGUGGAAGAGUUCGUGCCGCCCUUCUGCCCGCAGCAGGCCGGCGAGGGCGACCCGCGCUGCUGCCUGGACGCGCAGUACGCGGCGGCGGCCACGGGCGAGCCGCCGCGCAAGCGCCCCAGGCCCCUAGUGCGGCUCCGCGCCAGGAGGGUUAAGAACAUGGAGGCCGACUACAGUCAAGUGCACGACUAG